AUCAUGCCUGCAAAUGACCACAUAUAUAAAUUUGAUAUUAAAUAUUGGGUAUAAAUAAUGACCAAUGACAAUAGCUUAAAAUAUUGAUUGCGAUACCCUUUGAAAAGCGAAAAUGGAAUCUGCAAAGAAUGCCAUGAUGGCUGGCAUGAAAUUCAGUAUUGAGCCACUAAAAGAACCUCUUGGUUUCAUUAAGCUUUUACAGUUUAUUCUAUCAAUAUUUGCUUUUGCAACAACUGUUAGUUUGGAUGAGAGAAUUUCUUUUCAUGCUGUCUGUAGAAAUGGAACACAUAAUAUAACCACCAAAACUGAAAGUAUUCAGGUUGCUUAUCCAUAUGACUUGCACAAUGAGUAUUUUAUGGUGCCAUUGUGCAGUACACCAGCAGGAGGCCCUAGCCAACUGCCAUUGUUGGAAGGAGCAAAGUCAUCAGCCGAAUUCUAUGUGUUUGUAGGAGUUUUUGUGUUCCUGUAUUGUUUAGCAGCCUUAGCAUUAUAUUUGCUAUUUGAUGAAGUCUAUCGGUCGAACACCAAUAUAGUAACUGCAGACUUUAUAAUUUCUGUUGUCCUAACCCUAUUCUGGUUGAUUGGAUCUUCAGCCUGGGCACAAGGAUUAGUGAAUUUGAAAUACUAUACAGACUUUAAUGAAUGUGGACAGUUUGAUGAGAUUGAUGAUUGUAAGAUACCAAGUAACAGCUGUGUGCAGACUGUGUUUCCCAAUUUUGCUAGCCUGAAUGUUUCAGUGAUUUUUGGAUUUCUGAAUAUGUUGGUGUGGGCAGGCAACUUAUGGUUCCUGUACAAGGAGACCCCAUGGUUCAAGGUCAGAUCAAAACCUCCUCAGGAACCUUCCACAGAUCCUCAGCGAAUAUAGAGUGUCUGUGUAUAACAGCAGACGUCUGCUUCUUCAAAAAUGUAGAAUGGUGUAUUUGUUUUAAAAUAGUUUUCAAAUUUGGAAAUGGCUGAAAGCUCUAAUAUUUCUGAUAGUAGUAUAAUUAGUUUGGAUAUUUAUCUGUAUAAUCUAUGUAAAUGUACUGGAAAAAGAUCUACUAUAGAUUGUUCUAAUAAGCUUUUACUGAAAAGGAAAUAAUACUAAAGUUUACAGUGAGUGUUAUCAAAAUGGCUGCCUUUCUGCUCCGAGAUCAACUUUUUACUAUAAAAAUAUUUGUCAAAUGAUUUCUGGUUGACCUAUUCUUGUACAUGUACAAGAUCUACUGAUUUUAAGCAAUGUACUCACAGUUAUAGCUAUUUUUGUGCUGAAUAAAAAAAAAUCUUUUUUAACUGUUUACUAAGGGUAACAUUGAUAAAUUCAUGGUACAUGCACACUGACAGAAACCUCAUCUGAUUCAUACAUUUGCAAUUUGUACUAAAUCAUGCCAUGGUUAUUAAUUUUCAUGUUAUCUACUAAACAAUAACCAGUUUUGGUUAGUGUUUAGUCAGAAUUUACAUUCCUUUACCAUUAGUUUAAGGGGUUUUCAUAUGCUUCAUUUUCAUAAGCAGACAACACCUAAGUAAUGUAAGAGAGUAGUUUAUUGUAUUGGACAAUGACAUGUACAUUCUCAUGCUUACAUAGUCUUCAGCAUUCAUUCUCACAAGCUCAGGGUUUGUUAAUCCUUUUAAUUCAAGCUCUAUAGCUUUUGCUGCUUUGGAAAAAAAAAAGUGAGUUUCUAAUUAUUAUUUAAGUGCAAAAAGGUUAAACAGAAAAAUUUAAUUAAUGUAAUAGUCCCAGGUUUAAACCUUAAUCAAAUUUAUGAUUUAAAAUUCACCAACACAAAGAAUGAUUCCAAUUUUCUAAGAAGUUGCAGAGUAAGAUCUGUAAUGUCUUCAACCCUGAAUAUUGACUGUAGUACACCAUGUAGAUCAGGACGAAUUAAUAUGUACUUAUAUCUAUAAUAUUGUCAUAUCUUAGAAUUGUAAAGUUUAAAUGUAAUCCUGUAUAAAUAAGUUCAUUAUUUAUUAUGUAUCUGACAUGUUAAAAGGUUGCAUGAUGAUAUAUUUAUUCAUAUUUAUUUUUGAAUGAUUAAAUUUUGUGAAUCAAAAACUUGAUUGUUCUUAUGUAAUGGAAAGAAAACAAUUUAUUUUACUUUACAAUUUUUCCUGUGUACUAAGCAAGCCAUGGUAAAAAUUAAAAAAAUAUUAUGUAUUUGGUAUACAUUGUAUAAGUGAUCAAUAUUUUUUGAAAAAUUCAAACAAAAUUUUAAAAUAACUAUAUAGAUAUUAAAUCCUUGAUAUAUUUUGAAUUUUGACUUGUUUACUGAAACAGGAAUAUGUUCAUGAAAUGUUAGAGGAUGUUGAAAAGCAUAAUUUGUUUACAUAUUUAGGCAUGAAAAAUUUAAACUAUUUGUUGACAUGUUAGUUUGAAAAGUUCGUUUUAUGGCUGAAUGUAAACAUUACCGUUUCAUUGUGAUUUUUUUUUACCUCAGCUUAUAAUAUGCAGAUCAUUUUGUACUGCAAGUAAGCAUGUUCAUAAUGUUUAAGAUUCUGUGUUGACUAGCUUAUAUAGUUCUUUGAAAAGUUUGAAAAGUUUAUAUUAAUCCUAAUACAUUACAAUUCCUAGUGUAGGGUUUGUUAUAUUAUGCAUUAGGAUAGAUAUGAAAUGCAUAGUUAUUUUUAUUGUUAAUUUUGUUGAAAACCUUUGAAAUCCAUUCCUUAUGUAGCAGUUGCAGUGAAACUAAAAUAUUUUAUAAUUCACAAUUAAUAAUUGUAGGGAAUUAAUCUCUGUCAACUUACAUGACUUGGGUUAAGCAAUUACACUCUUGUUACUGGCAUCAAUAAGAUAAAAGAAAAUGUCUGUCCUAGGAAAUAUUUGCCACUGGAGGUUAAGUCAACACCAAUCAAUUGUCAGGUUUUCAGGGUAAUUAAAGUUCCUGAACUUUGACCUUUUCAAUAUGGUAAGUUAAAAUUUCCAUUGUAGUCUUAAUAGAGGGAAUUCAUUGAUAAGAAAGUUUUUAAUUGCGAAGUAUUGUUAGUGAAGAAAUCAAGAUGGAUGAUUUAGCUUUUGUAUUUAUUUGUUAUUAAUGUUGAUUUUUUGAUUUUUUUGUGCCUUAUACACAUUAAGCAUAAGAGUUAUGAGUGCAAGUGUUAUUCUGUGUCAUAUUUUUUUAAGUUCUUUAUGAAAUCCACACAAUAGAGAGAAAGAAACAUGCUUUAAAUGAUUCAAGUACUUUUAUAAAGUAGACAAUUUAUUCUCUUAACAUCAAGUUGUUUUUGAGACUUACAACAAUGAAUAUUUAUUUGUAUAAAAGCCCUGGAAGCAGACUGCAUUUAUCUGAUCGGACUGCUUUUGAUUCAGAUUUGAAAACUGGGUGUAAUAAAAUUGGAUUAUCAAAUGAUUAUCAGUUUUUGAAUUCCUACAAAAUGAUUAUUUAGGAAACUUAGGAAAGUCAUGAAUUUAAAAAAUAAGAUUGAUAAUUUAUCGAUUCCAAAAAUUAUUGAAGUGGACUAAACUAGUGGGUUUAUUUAAUGUAUGGGCUUAUUUAAGGAUAGCUAUAGUUCAUGUAAAUAUUUGGUGUACAAAUUUUCCCACUCAAUAUAAAUGUAUAGUAUAAUUAUAGCUUGUCAUCACAUUCCAAAAAGAUAUUAGUUUUAAUAUAUAGAGUAUUUUAUAGCAUUUAUAUGAUGCAUGGCCUCUAAAAAUAAUUUUACUUAAAUCAUGUUUUUUUACAACUUUAACCUAUAAAGUGAAUAAAUCCAGAUUCUCAAUAUCACACUUAUUUCGAAAUUAUUUUGUGUGGACUUAGUGUACUUAUUUAUAGAUCUGUUGUUUAUUUUUGAAAAGCAUAAUAUAUACUCUCAGUACUAAAUUUUUGGUUGAGGUAAACUUGUUUGCAUUUUGUAAGAGCUAUUCCAUUUAAAUAUAUGUGGGAGGGUAUACUUAGGAAGGGAAGCGAGAUUAUUGAAUGUUGGUCCGGUAUUUUUUCAUUUUGUGUCCUUUAUGCAAAAUUAUCUAAAAAUGGUUCUUGGUUGUUGGAAUAUUUUGAAAGUCCCUUUCUACCCUCCCACAUACAUUUAAAUGGAAUAGCCCUAAUUUGUAGUUUGUAAAUAUGGCAAACUUAUAUUUUACCUAGUACAUUAUUUUGUUGAUAAUAAAUAAUACCAUUCUAAAAAAUACAAUCCACUCUUUUUAAAUGAUACUAAAGAUAAAAUUACAAUAUGAGCGUCUUUAUUCAAUUAAAUAUGACUCUGUAUUGUACAUUUCAUUGUUCUAACACUGCAACACAAUUUCUGCAUAUGCCAAUUAAAAGAAGCAUGAAUUGAUUUAUAAGAAGAAUUCUUAUAUUAUUGUAUUAUGUAUGAUAGUACAUGUCAACAUGUAAGACAUGCAGCCUAGUUUAUGUAUACCAGUAGGUUAGUAAUACAGGACAAGGAUAGAACAAAAAUGUCCAUGUCAUCAUUUUUCCAUGUUUAAUUUAAUAUUUUAAAGAAAUAAACUAAUCUGGUAUAAAGAAUUAAUUUUUGUCUUAGCUUAAACUACCUACCACAUCAAAAAUGAAAGCAAGUAGUAGUUAUAGUAUAUGUCUUAAGAAAACCAGCUAUCGUAAGGUCUGCUAGGAAGUAGAAAAAGUACAUUAUAUUUUGUUAUACAUGCCAUAGUGUGACUGUUGUACAUAUAUAAAAGCUUCGUUAUCAUGUGUGUUGAUUGUUUUAUAUUGCUCAUUAUUAACAUAUUCUUCUGUUUAUAGAAUUAAAAAGUUUUUGUAUUUAUCAUG